UCUCAUAAACCAUCCCCAUAACUUCCUCUUCUCUCGAAAUUUCAUUUACGGUUUCUAGCUAUCAAAUUUUCAGAUCUUAGAUUCAUUGUGAUGACGACGCAAGAGAUGGAGCAUGAGAAUGUCUCUACUGUGGACGAAACCAAUACGUCGGUGCCGGAGCCAGCCAAGGAGAAGAAGCCUGCAGCGAAGGGACGAAAAACGAAGAAAGUUAAGGAAGUGAAGGAGAAGAAGACUGCUUCUGCGGCUCCGAAGAAGAAAACCGUUUCUACUCAUCCUACUUACGAAGAGAUGAUCAAGGAUGCCAUCGUUACGUUGAAGGAGAGAACUGGAUCUAGCCAAUACGCGAUUCAGAAGUUCAUCGAGGAAAAGCAUAAAGAGCUUUCGCCGACAUUCAGGAAAAUGCUGCUUCACAAUCUGAAGAGACUCGUUGCUUCUGAGAAGCUUGUCAAGGUCAAAGCCUCCUUUAAGAUUCCGUCUGCUAAGGCAUCAUCUCCGAAGGCGGCGGCGGCGACAUCUGCUCCGGCGAAGAAGAAACCGUCUGCUGCGGCGGUUUCCAAAUCGAAGGGCAAGGUUACUGCGGCUUCCAAAUCUAAGGUUGCAAAGGUGCCUAAGAAAUCAUCGGCAGUCAAACCCAAGGCAGCUGCUGCUCGCAAGCCGAAAGUGAGUGCCAAGCCUAAGGCCACUGUUGCGCCUAAGAAGAAAGCUGUUGCCGCGAAGCCCAAGGCCAAGGAGAGACCAGCCAAGGCUGUCAAAACAUCGAAGGUAACGUCUCCCGGGAAGAAGAAGGCUCCGGUGAAGAAAGCUGCGAUCGCGACGAAAAAGAAGACGCCGGUGAAGAAGAAGAGUUUGAAGACGGUUAAGUCUCCAGUGAAGAGGGCUUCGUCAAGGGGGAAGAAGUGAAAUUAGGGUUUUAGUGUUAACGAUACAUGGAAGUAGCUUUCUCUCUAGGUGGUAGUCUUUUGUAUAAUCCAAUGAUCCUGAAGUGACUUUUGUUUGCUUUUUUUUUUUUUUUUAAUCUUUUGUUUGUUUUCAAAGUUCUUGUAAUUCAUGGUUGCUUGAACUCUCCUUCAAUCAUAUAUAGCUAAAUCGCUUUUAAGGA